AUGAGGCAUGAAUUUGAACCGGACGAAGGUUUAGACAAUAUAGAUAAAUACCCUAUACAUAGAUUUUCUUCAGUUGGAUGCAAUGAUAUAGUGAAGUUAAUACUGGUUUAUGAGUCUGUUGAAAAUACUCCUCUGGGUAAGAGUAGCGUAUGUCUUCUCAAAGAUAUGGAUGAAAAUACUCCACUUCACUGUGCUGCGCGGGAAGGAAAAGUAUCUGUUAUUAACACCUUGCUUGAGAAUUGUUGGAAAUGCGCUGGAGUGGUGUCAGACAAGAAGAAUGAGACGGUUCUUCAUUGUGCUUUAAGAAACAACAAGGCUAAAGCUUUCAAAACCUUGUUGGGGUGGUACAUCAUCAAAGAAGAGUUUUUAAACAAUAAAGCCCGAGACUGGGAUUGUGGAGACACCGCUUUGGACCUGCUGGUUGAUGGCUAUGAAAAGAUUGUGAAGGAGCUAUUAGGUCAGCGUGACAGUAAGGAUUAUAUUAGAGAAGUAACUUCUAAAAUCACAAAUCGGAAAAUACUUAGUCUCUCGGUGAAUUCAAGGUCUAUAAUUACCUUGAAAGUCUUGAUAAGGAGUUCCAAGCUUAGAGAUAUCUUGGAUUAUGUCAAAGAUGUGGAUGAGAAGACUGUGCUUGACCUGCUAGAUAAGACCAAAAGAACAACCAAAGUGAUGGGGUUUGUACCGUACGAGAGGUAUGAAAAUGUGAUACGGUUGUUGGAUGCUAUAGAAAUGGGAGAUUAUGAAACUUUCUCUGAAUUACAAGAUGAAGAUCCAGAGAUCCUGGAUUAUUUUUGUGAAUUGCCUCUUGGAGGAACACCAUUACACAUUGCUGUGAGGUCCGGCCAGCUAAACGAUUGCACUAGAGAGAUUAUACGAAAACGGCCUGAUUUUGCUGUUGCAAGAGACCAUAAGGGACGGAAUCCGAUUCACAAAGCUUCCACUAAAGGGUACCUUGAGAUCGUAAAAGAACUGCUUACCCAAAUUGGUUCCCAGCAGUGUUUUGCUAGAUCCCAUGAAUAUGAAGAUAAAAAUUUGGGAGAAUUUAGUGGAACUCCUCUUUGUUGUGCAAUAGGAAGAGGCAGAAUUUCUGUUAUCAAAGAAUUACUCUCUGUUUGGUGGGAUUGUGUUGGAGAAGCAAACAAGGAAGUGAAUUCUGACUUACUUUAUUGUGCAAUUGAUGGACAACUGGAAGCACUGAAAUAUUGA